UAAAGAAACUAGUAGCGAUAGUCAGUCUUCGGGUCAGUUAAACAUGUCGGCUCUAAGCGCGAACGUCGGAUCGGAGACAUUAUUGUCCACUGCCAUAAUUCAUAUAACAAAUAACGAGGGUCAGUUACAACCGUGUCGGGUAUUGUUGGACUCCGGGUCGCAGUCACAUUUUUUAACCGAGCAAGCCGCGUGUAGGUUAAAUUUACCGCGUCAGAAAAUUAACAUUCCGGUAAUCGGUAUUAAUAAAAACACGACAACAAUAAAGCACGCAAUUAAAACGAAAAUUCAAUCGCGUAUAAAUCAAUUUCAAGCCGAUGUUACAUUCUUAAUUCUCCCACAAAUUACUGACGUAUUACCAUCGCGCACAAUCUCGAAGGGGGAACUCAAAAUUCCAAAAAAUUUACCACUCGCGGAUCCUUCGUUCGACCGCUCAGCAGAAAUCGACGGUUUGAUAGGCGCGGAACUAUUCUUACAAUUAUUAUGUGUGGGUCAGAUUAAGUUAAGAGAUAAUUCGAUUACGUUACAAAAAACAAAGCUUGGUUGGGUAAUUGGCGGAAGAAUACCCGAUCACGACACAGCUCAAACAACUCGAUGCAACGUAGCACGCGAAGGUAUUCACGAACAAAUCGCGAAAUUUUGGGAAUUAGAAGAACCUAUUCACGCUCCCAUCUCGUCUGAAGAAGAACGCGAAGCUGAAAGUCACUUCAUAGCAAACACUACACGCGAUCCGAUCACCGGUCGAUACAUUGUUAAAUUGCCAUUUAAAGAAAACACCAAGGGUUUAGGAGAAUCAUUUUCUGUCGCGUUGCGAAGAUUUCGAUCAUUAGAACAGAAAUUAACUAAGGAACCACAAUUAAAGAUUAAAUAUACGGAAUUUCUUGAAGAAUACAUUCGAUUAGGUCAUAUGUCCGAAACUAAAGCUACAAACUUAGACGGCGGUUAUUAUUUACCCCAUCAUGCAGUAAUAAAACAAUCCAGCCUGACCACCAAACUUCGCGUGGUCUUUGAUGCGUCGGCAAAAACAUCCAACGGAGUAUCAUUAAACGACAUGUUAUUAACCGGUCCAACCAUCCAAGAUAACUUGUACUCACUUCUUCUUAGAUUUAGAUUCCAUAAUUACGUAUUGACCGCGGACAUAGAAAAAAUGUACCGUCAGGUACUAGUACAUCCUAAUGAUCGCAAAUAUCAACAAAUAUUGUGGCGGAAAUCUCAUCGCGAACCCAUAAAAACUUACACGUUAAAUACGGUAACAUACGGUACCUCCGCAGCGCCUUUUCUAGCUACCCGUACUUUAUUACAACUUAGUUUAGACGAAGGAAAAGAUUUUCCACACGGGGAGAGAGCAUUGCGAGAGGAUUUUUAUGUCGACGAUCUGUUGACGGGCGCGAGCACGCGAGAAGAGGCCAUUGCAAUUAGGGACGAUCUCAUUACAUUAUGCGACAAGGGAAAAUUCAAGCUGAGGCAAUGGGCAACAAAUGAACCCACGUUGAUCGACUCUUUAGAUGACAAAACGGACGCCACGCAUUUACGACUGGACCUGGACGGUACCGUAAAAACUCUCGGUUUGGGUUGGAAUGCAAAACACGACACAAUAAUAUACGAUGUAAAGGAAAUCGAAUAUAACACGCGCGUAACAAAAAGAUCAAUAUUGUCGGUAAUCGCUUCGUUAUUUGAUCCGUUGGGUUUACUCGGGCCUAUUAUAAUACGAGCAAAAAUUCUAAUGCAGAAACUUUGGAAAUUGCAAUUAAGUUGGGACGAAUCUGUGCCAACAGACAUACAUACGUUUUGGCUUACAUUCUGUAGAGAAUUGAAUUCGAUACGUAACAUCACUUUUUCUAGACAAAUUACAUGUAAGGCGAGUGUAUCGUUGGAGUUACACGGUUUUUGUGACGCCAGCGAGCAGGCGUACGGCGCAUGUUUCUAUGUACGUUCAUUCGAUCAUCACGGUAACAUAAUUGUAAAACUACUUUCAGCCAAAUCACGAGUGGCGCCUCUAAAAACUGUUACGUUGCCACGCUUAGAGCUAUGCGCGGCGCAUUUAUUAGCGAAAUUAUAUCAGACAAUAACUAGUUCACUACGAAGAAUUUCAUUUAAUCGAACUAUCUUCUGGUCCGAUUCAACAAUUACAUUGCACUGGAUAAGAACACCACCUCAUACACUCAAAACCUUUGUUGCACAUCGCGUAAACGAAAUUCAAAAUGUUACCAGUGGUAUCGAGUGGCGUCAUGCAUCGUCAGCAAACAACCCAGCUGAUCUAAUAUCUCGCGGUUUAUCUCCAACGGAACUAGUAAAUAAUAUAUUUUGGUUCCAUGGACCGAGCUGGUUGGCGAAGGCUGAAGAGCACUGGCCAGCUUUCAGGUUGGAACCAAUUGAGCUACCUGAAUUACGCCCUUCAAUCGCAUUGCCUUCGCGCGUUGUGAAUUGGAACGGCUUCGAGAAAUAUUCAUCCUAUUCUAGACUUAAACGCAUCAUUGCCUACAUUUUACGUUUUCGAUUUAAUAGUUCAAAGAAGGAAGCCAACAAGGGUAUGGUAUCGGCCUCCGAAAUUCUCCGGGCAGAAACGUAUAUUAUUCGAGCUAUACAGCAAGAAAGUUAUUUCCAGGUGUUCAACGCGCUAAAUAGUUCGGGUCGUUUGAACGCGGGUAUCAGUCCUUUAAAUCCGUUCAUUGAUGCAAAGGGGAUAUUAAGGGUAGGCGGACGAUUGUCGCAGGCAAAUAUUCCAUAUAAUGCGCGACAUCCAAUUUUGUUACCGAGACAACAUCAUGUCACGAAUCUGAUUAUUUUAGAACAACAUGUAAAACACUUUCAUGCCGGGGUCUUAGCCACCCUCAACGCGGUACGACAACGAUUUUGGGUUCCUAACGCUAAACGUCUCAUAAGAAGUCUUAUUCAUAAAUGCGUCAUAUGUUUUCGAGCCAAGCCGCCAAUUGUUGAGUAUAAAAUGGGCGAUUUACCACUCAGUCGCGUAGUUCCUUCUAAGCCUUUCAACCAAGUUGGUUUAGAUUUUUGUGGCCCUUUGUUUAUAAAGGAGAAGGUUCAACGUAAUCGAAACAAGGUCAAAAUAUACAUAGCUAUCUUCGUUUGCUUCUCAACAAAGGCGGUACAUAUUGAGUUAGUGGGCGAUUUAACAAUUGACGCCGUUUUAGCAGCUCUGCGUCGCUUUUUCGCGCGACGAGGUCUACCGAGCGAUAUCUAUUCAGAUAACGCAACAAAUUUCGUGGGUGCAAAGCGAGAAAUAAAAGAGAUGUACGCUUUCUUCAAAACACAGCAAACAAACAACGCUCUCACGUCCGCAUUGGCUAAUGACGGCAUAAAUUGGCACAUGAUUCCCCCAAGAUCACCACAUUUUGGUGGGUUAUGGGAGGCUGCCGUUCGACGCACGAAAUACCACCUAACACGUGUCAUAGGUGAUACAUUACUCUCGUAUGAAGCACUCUUGACCUUGAUUACCCAGAUAGAAGCGAUUCUAAAUUCACGCCCAAUUACACCUUUGUCGCCUGAUCCUAAUGAUCUCCAAUCCCUAACACCUGGCCAUUUUCUUAUCGGCGAAAAUUUAACGAGUAUGCCAGAUUAUGAUUGUUCAGCUCUCCCAGUUAGCAAACUAUCAACAUGGCAACACAUCCAACAAAUACGAAGUCAUUUCUGGAAGCGAUGGGUUAAAGAUUACUUGCAGGAGCAAAUUGCGCGGACGAAGUGGCACACAGCAAAGGCUCCAAAUAUACCAAUCGGUAUGCUGGUUAUCCUGAAAGAAGAUAAUGCACCUCCAAUGCACUGGCCGCUCGGACGAAUCACCGCAAUCCACCCAGGCGACGACGGAGUCAUACGUGUGGUCACCGUCAAAACAACCCAAGGAGAAUACAAACGCUGUAUUAAACGUAUAGCACCAUUGCCUUUGUAAAUAACAUAACUAUAAUCCAUGUAAAUAGUAUAAGUGUAAGCGAAUAAUAUCAUUAGAUAAUGUUAAGUAUAGAUUAGAACACAUUAUUAUGAUCACACUUGCUACACCGCAUAAGAUUGUUAAUUACAUCUACACAUUACAUCUACAUAUUGUAAUCACAUUAGAUUCUGGUUGAACUAUACAUAGUUCAAGGGGGGCGGCAUGUUCGGUUCAAGCGUCGACAUCUAGCGGUGCAUGAGUAUUGGUAGGGUAAUUAAUCGAUAAAAGAUCGAUCGGUGGCACCUCUAGAUGAACUCAUCGCCGGGAGAGGUAAGACAAGUGACGGUCGGCGACCGGUCGAAACGUGCAAAAGACCACGCUUCUGGGGCAUUCGGCAAGAAUCGCUGGAGCAGUACAAACGUACGUUAUAUCGCAAAUUGUAAUCGUAGACAAAUAAAGUCGUAAAUCAAUUCGUUUUUCAAUAAGACUCCACCUGCCAGAGUCCAGCGUCUGCAAGACUCGCAUUUCGGGACGCUACAGUGUUCUUGAAGAAAUAUCACCGCGAGCAAAGAAAAAUCAAAAUCCAGAUGGUCCUUCGUCUUCUUGCAGUGCGCCAAUAGCCCAGAAAGCAGUGAAAAUAUCAAGCAGCCCUUACAAAUCGCAGUUAGACCGAAUAAACUUUAAAAAAAUAAGUUCACCAAACUUUGACAAAAUACCGAAACAUAAAAAAGAAAAUGGUGGUUCAUUGUUUUGUACAUUGUGUGAAGAAACCAAGGAAGAAGAUAUGAUACAAUGUAUGAAAUGUCGCAUUUGGAUUCAUACUCCGUGUACUAGAGUUAGUACUGCAGUUAAAACGUUCUAUUGUUGUAAUUGUCGUUAAAAAAGCUAAUGGUCCAAUUUAGGAAACUAGCGGUCCAAAUAAGGAAACCGGUUUCCUAAAUUGGACCGAUGACAAGAUUUUUUUGAAUUUAUUUUUUACUAUUAUAAAUGGUAUUUAAAAUUUCAUAAAUGGUUUUAUUUUGACGCUACACUUAGUGAGUUUCUUUUCUACUACUUAAUUUUUAUUAAUACUUCUUCCAUGCUUUUAUAUAGUGAAUAAUAUAAAAUUGGUCCAAAUUAGGCUACCUUCCCCUAGCAUGAAAUGACUUGAAAUUCACGAAAUUGUAAGGAAUCGCCUGAACAAAAGUAUUCGUACACUUAAUUAUUGUUACAAUCAUUUUAACAGGAAUUUUAUAAAUUAAUAAUUUGUAUAAUAACCCUUCCGGCAAAUCACUUCGCGUAAUAUAUUGGACAUUGACAACACCAAACUUUUAACUUUUUUAGGUUCUGUAUUACACUAUUCUCUUUUUAAUAUUUCUUUCGAAUGUUCUUUCGACAUUAGUUCGGACGAUUUUUCGCUUUUCUCUCGUAGUUAAUUUUCAUGGUCUACCGGUUCUUCCUUUAUUCCGCAAUAUUCCUUCCUUUUUAUACUUAUUUAUAAUACUUAACCAGUUAACUGUGAUUGACGAGUAUACUCGUUAUGCGUAUAAAGUAGUGACCAUUGGCUAUUUAAAUUGUAAUUUUUGAGAAAAACAAAACAUAUUCUCAAAUAUCAAGAUGUUUAGAAUAUUUUGAGGCCAUGCCAGAAUAAAACAAACAAAUAAAAAAUAUAAAUAAUUUGAGAUGAACUCAUGCGUCCCCGUAUGCACCGGCUAAAACAGCUUACCAGUUCGCACAACGAAUUUAUUUAUGUGCGACAACAACGUUUUUUAGAUGUUAGCGUGAAAGGAAAGCAAAAACAAAAGUCGGAAAGCUGAUUUAUGAUAGGUUCCCUUCGGGGAUGGUUUAUCAUAGCAUUUAAUUUUUAUUGCGUUUUUCGUCUAAUAAGUAUGUAAUAUAUGUUUAAGUUAACCAAAUAAAUAUACAUUAGUAAUAAAAGUGUCCAUUUUAUAAAAUAAACCCAUCUUUUUGAUCCAAUAUCUUACCAGCGCAAUAUACUCGUCAUCGCUCGAUUUCGGCGACACAGUUAACUGGUUAAUACAGUCGAUCGACUUCUUUUUAGUAUUUCUGAUAUAUUUCUAUAUGAUCGACCUUCUUCGUGUAGCCGUAUAACAAUUGUUUUUUCUUCUAACGUUGUUUCAUUGCAAAUAUUAGUGCUAAAAUGUACUUGCCACGAUUACUACUGACUACGCUAACAGAACAUUAUCUAAUGUAAUAGUUACAUUGAUCAGAAUGUCCUGAUACCAUCGCAAUUGUUGUAUUUAUCAACAUAAAUGAUAAUGUGUAACGUCCCUGGGGAAACCUUUUUUCUUUCUACCGGCAUC